GAGUCCACAGAAGUGAAACAGAUUGUGAGGACAGGGAGAGGAAAGUGUAGGCAAACAGGGCAGCAGCGAACCCUCGACUCAACUCAGUAUUUGCAGUGUGUUUUUUGUUGUUGUUGUUGAGCACAUACCCCUAGAAAGCUGCGUGCGGGGGUACAGCGUCUGCUCGUUUGUUUCAGCAGGACUAGUCCGGAUUCAGACAUAUCUUCAUGUGAUGGACCAGUAAGAGGAGGACGAGCCACACUGGACGUCAACAAGUCCACCGUGCUGUGAAAGAAUGGGCUGUUUUUACAUUGUGGAGGGGAGGGCUUUGCUGUAACACCGGCGGAUCAUGGCAGGGGUACACGCUUCAGAUGCUGUGUCGGGACAUUUUCUGGAUCCUGCCAUCGGUGCCCAGCCGGCUCAGGGCGCGACCAACAUGCCCGGAAUCACCAGCGAUGCAGCCGCGUUGACACCAACCGGCACCCGGGCGUACUUGGAGGUGUCAGCGGCUGCCCAGGGCUACGGGGCCGAGGGAGUUUACACCAAUGGACGAUACAUGGAGCACGGCAGUCCAAGGAUCGGGAGUGGCAGCCGUGAUAAUUCCGCCGAGAGAAUUCAGGGAUCUGGAAACCCACCUUGCGGCAUCAUGAAGGAUGGUUCCAAACAGAGGCAGGUGAGGAAGAAAACGGUGUCCUUCAGCUCAAUGCCGAGUGAUCGCAAGAUCAACAGCACAGCUGCUUGCAUGGCGUUCAUGAUGGAGGGUUGUGAGAUGAAGAAGGUGCGCUCCAACUCCCGCAUGUACAACCGCUACUUCCUGCUGGAUCCAGACAUGCACUGGCUCCGUUGGGAGCCAUCCAAAAAGGAUUCUGAGAAAGCUAAGCUGGAGAUCAAGGGCAUCAAGGAGGUUCGUUUGGGAAAGAAAACUCCAGUUCUGCGCAGCAACGGUCUCUCAGAUCAGUUCCCUGAUGAAUGCGCCUUCUCAAUCAUCUAUGGGGAUAACUAUGAAUCCUUAGAUUUGGUAGCCAGUACAGCUGAUGUUGUCAGCACCUGGGUGAUGGGCUUGAGGUAUCUAGUGUCUUAUGGCCGGCACACCGUAGACAUGGUGGAACCUAGCCAACCAAGUCUACGAACAUCUUGGAUUGGCUCAGUGUUUGAGUUAGCAGAUAUGGAAAAGGAAGGACACAUAGACCUGUUCAGGGCCACCCAGAUUAUCAAGGGGCUUAACCCUGGAAUGAAAGAGUCCAGAAUAGAGCUGAAGUUCAAGGAGCUCCAGAAAGCUAAAGACCAAUAUGGAGAGGCAAUUAACAUGGACACCUUUGUGGAGGCCUACUGUGAGCUCUGCACAAGACCAGAGAUUUUCUUCCUACUAGUACAGUUUUCCAGUAACAAAGAGUAUCUGGACAGUAAAGAUCUGAUGCUAUUCGUAGAGGUUGAGCAGGGUGUGGAAGGUGUGACGGAAGAAAUGUGCAGGGAUAUCGUCCAGAAAUUUGAGCCAUCAGCAGAAGGCAGGGACAGAGGCUACCUCUCCAUUGAUGGCUUCACUCACUACCUCCUCUCCUCUGAAUGCCAUAUCUUUGACCCACAGCACAAACGUGUGUGCCAAGAUAUGAAUCAGCCUCUGUCCCACUACUACAUAAACUCAUCACAUAAUGCCUCCCUUCUGGAGGACCAUUUCUGGGGCUCAUCAGACAUCAGCAGCUACAUCAGAGCUUUAAGGAUGGGCUGCCGCAGCAUUGAAGUGAUUGUAUGGGAUGGCCCUGAUAAUGAACCAGUGGUGUAUGUAGGUAGUUCAGUAGCUUCACAUCUAGCUUUCUCGAAAGUCCUGGACAUAAUAAACCAAUAUGCUUUUGAGAGCUCUGAGUAUCCCCUGAUUCUGUGCUUAGUGACCCACUGUUGCAUCCCCCAGCAGAGGGUCAUGGCACAGCACAUGAAGAAGAUUCUUGGGGACAAGCUAUUUGUUGAACCCCCCAACAAAGAGGACAGCUACCUACCCUCCCCUGAGAAACUCAAAGGUAAAAUCCUCCUCAAGGGUAAAAGGCUGCCGCCUAGCUGCACUGACGCAGAGGGGGAUGUCACAGAUGAGGAGGAGGGUCUUGAAAUGUCCAGAAGAGUGGGAGCUGAUGAUAAGGACCAAUUAAAUGGCUUAGGCUACAAGAGACUGAGACUGUGUAGAGAGCUCUCUGAUCUUGUAUCUCUCUGCAAGUCAGUCCAGUUUAGAGACUUUGAGGUCUCUAAAAGGGACCAGAAAUACUGGGAGAUCUGCUCAUUCAAUGAGGUAGAUGCAAACAGGUUUGCCAAUGAGUUCCCUGAGGAGUUCGUCUGUUAUAACAAGCGUUUUCUCUCAAGGGUAUAUCCAACACCUAUGAGAAUUGAUGCCAGCAACAUGAACCCCCAGGAUUUCUGGAAGUGUGGCUGCCAGAUUGUGGCAAUGAACUACCAGACACCAGGCCUGAUGAUGGACCUCAAUCUGGGCUGGUUCAGGCAGAAUGGCAACUGCGGAUAUGUUUUGAGGCCAGCCAUCAUGAGGGAGGAAGUGUCCUACUUCAGUGCCAAUGCUCGGGACUCUCUACCAGGGGUGUCUGCCCAGCUUCUUCAUAUCAAGGUCAUCAGUGGGCAGAAUCUACCCAAACCACGCGGCUCUGCUGCCAAGGGUGAUGUUGUGGAGCCCUACAUAUAUGUGGAGAUCCACGGCAUCCCUGCUGACUGUGCAGAGCAAAGAACCAAGACUGUGUCUCAGAAUGGUGACAAUCCUAUUUUUGAUGAGAGUUUUGAAUUCCAGAUCAAUUUACCAGAACUUGCAGUACUGCGCUUUGUGGUUCUGGAUGACGACUACAUUGGAGACGAGUUCAUCGGCCAGUACACCAUUCCAUUUGAGUGCCUACAGCCAGGUUAUAGACAUGUUCCCCUGCAAUCUCUUACAGGGGAGUUUCUACCCAACACCACCCUGUUUGUCCAUGUAGCCAUCACCAACAGGCGGGGUGGAGGAAAGGCACAUAAGAGGGGUCUGUCCGUAAGGAAGGGUAGAAAGGCACGGGAGUACACCACAACCAAGACCACAGGGAUUAAGGUAGUGGACGAGCUCUUUAGAGCAUCCACACAGCCCCUCAGGGAGGCAACGGACCUCAGAGAAAAUGUACAGAAUGCCAUGGUGUCCUUCAAGGAGCUGUGUGGCCUGACUCCGGCAGCCAACAUGAAGCAGUGUAUCCUGACCGUGUCAACCUGGCUGAUGAACAGCGAGCGGUCCCUGAAGGUAACAGUGGACCUGAGCGAGACCUACCCCACUAUGGAAGCUCAGGGUCCAGUGCCUGAGUUGCUGCGCAAAGUGCUCAACGCCUAUGAUAUGAUGAUCCAGACCACCAGAACACUGAUCGAGUCAGCUGAUGUUGUCUACUCCAAGCUCACACAAGCACAACGGGCAGGUCUGGACUUCCAUGAGGACCUGCAUCGCAUUGGAGCAAAGGAGGGACUGAAAGGCCGCAAACUUCAGAAAGCUAUGGAGAGCUAUGCUUGGAACAUCACUGUCCUCAAGGGCCAAGCUGACCUGCUGAAGCACGCUAAGAGUGAGGCUCUGGACACUCUGCGUCAGAUCCACUGUGCAGCUCAGUCCUGUGGCCUCAAUAAAAAUGGAGCAGCUUCCCCCCAGCUCCAGCACCACCCUCACCACCAGCCACAGCAGGUCCAGACUCAGCAACAACCUCAGGCCAAAGCCCACCCACAGCCUCAGACCCAGUCCCAGCCCCAAUCCCAGACCAUACCUCAGGAUUAUCUCUACCCCCUCUCCCAGCAACACCCCCAGCUACCAGCUUUCCCCCUUCUUCAAACUGUUUCGAAACCACCGGCAUAUACUCAACCCCCACCCUUACCCCAGCUGCAGUUCCAGAGCCAGCAGCAGAGGGCGGAAGGACCUCUGGGCGCCAUCCCUGAGAAAGAGAUGGUCACUGAUGACCCUGUGGCAUCCUGCUGACCCGCAGCCUGUGCCCACAGAGAAUCCUACCCAAAGAGAGACAGGGAGAGCCAGAUAGGGAUGGAGAAGAAGAGUGUUGAAGAAAAGCAGGAGGCCAGUUACAGAGGGCAGAUGGAGGAGAUGGCUGAGAGAGUUAAAGAGAUGAUGAUGGUGAGGAAGACUCGGCGUGUCAGGAGUGAGACACAAGUCUGAGAGGAGGGUUUAAGGAGAAAAGACAGAGAGACCUAAACUUCGCACAUUUCUGAACAGUGUGAGAACUUGAAGAUUGUUUGCUUUGCUCUGUUAUGGAUACGGAUGUAAUCCUUCUGACCAGCGAAGAUUAGAUCUCUCUGUUUUCUCUCUUGUAAAGGGUCAUAAGGGCAACAGCUAGAAACAAGCCUCUGGUAGUGUGAUCAGUCAUUUAGACAUCCCUGUCUCUCUGGGCAGUGCUAGUUACAGUACAUGCUCUCUCACUAUGUACUUUAGCUCUGUGGGUACAGGCUUUACCUCACGUUGGCAUUUUUUUUGCCACAUAUUUGCCUUUUCAUUUCUGGAGACUCCUCAGCAUGUCUUUGAGCUUUUAUUUUUUAGUGCUCACACGCCUCCCCCUACACCUUAGACAUAAAGCUAUGUGCAAACUGUGACUCAUUCAACAAAAAACAAAAAAAUGUAAUUUUCAUUUCACGUGCACAAAGUACAAUUGCUCGACUAGGCUGUGCUUUGUAGAAUUCACAGAGAACCAUUUCAGCACAAACCAGGGGUCUGUAGAGCUACAACAGAAAAUCAUCCUUUGCGUGCUGAUGUCCUCAGUCAUCCUAAUGCUCUUCUUUCAUCAUUUGCUGACAUCGACCUCCAUCAGACCCCUGCACAUGUCUAAUAUCAUUCCUUAUUCUUUUAGUUAUUUGGCAUCACUUUACUACCCCAACAGGGUCCCCUUGUCUCCUCCCCAGGGGCUGUGUGUGUGUGUGUGUGUGUGUGUGUGUGUGUGUGUGUGAGUGCGUGCGUGCGUGCGAGACGUUAUGUGAGUUGUUUUUGGUCCCCAGGGUGGAGCCAUCCUGCAUCUGAAAGAGGCAGAGCUCACCAGCCAAUCACAACUGGAGUAUUGACCCUGCCUGUUAGAGGUCAAGCUCAACAGGAACACAUAACUGCUGUCAAUAAAAACACAAAAUAAAGUGGCUAUAGAUGUAAAGUGUAUGUAAAAUGUACGAGAGAACAUAUAUUGCUAUGAUAUUUCUUGCAGAUAUGGACAUUAAUGAUUAAUAUUAUGAUGAUUGUUGUUCUAUUGAUAUUCUGAUUCUUUUUUUUAACAUAACUUCCACAAACCGUAUUCAGUGAUUAGACGCCUGUUGUUCUGUGGUGCAGGUCAGGACUACCAGUGUAUGUGGGACUGGGACGAAGGAUUACGGGUUAGCACCACAACAUCAGGGUCAGUCAAUAACCUGAGAUAUGUUUCACUGCAGAGUGAAUGUGGAUUCUGUAAGAGCUCCUUUAAGUGGACCAUUAAAACUGGCUUCAUUGUU